UUUCAAAAUCGUUAUUAACACAUGUUUAAUAGCAUAUCGCUGUAUAACACGCAUGUUUACACGGUAGACAACACGUACAGCCGCAUGGGAAUUUAAUCUAACCUGUCAACCUGUCGACAAAAGAUUUUUAUUGUUUUUUUUUCAAAUAAUACGAAUUACUCAUACCGGUUUGAUAGCAGAGCGUUAACAGACGCUCCGAUUUUUUGCGUGAGCCUGUGUACAUUCUCCCGCUGAGGAAUAUUUGAGAAUCAUGACAAAAAAACUCCAUACGAAAAUCAACACGGAUGAGCCUUACAUUAAUGAACAAGCCUGGAGCAUGAUUCGCGCCAAGGCCAAGAAAGACCGCAGCAUCGAUUCCUUUUCCCGGGCUUACAGAGACGAUGCUACUCCGUACUCAAACAGUGAAUUUUCAUCCAAAGUGCGCGAACUUGUUGCUCCCAGAAAGAAAACCACUAUCGACUCAGAGUUGAAUAUUGCGAAAUUAAUCCUGGUAGGGGAUGUAUCCGUGGGAAAAACGUCUUUAGUGCACAGAUUUUGCCACGAUCUCUUUAAUCGGGACUAUAAAGCAACAAUCGGCGUGGAUUUUGAAGUCGAACGUUUCGACAUCCUGGAGGUUCCGUUUACAUUACAAGUAUGGGACACUGCUGGACAAGAGCGCUUCAAAUCCAUUGCCGCGUCAUAUUAUCGCGGGGCUAAUGUGGUUGUUGUGACGUUUGAUUUAUCGGAGAGCGGGACCUUGGACAGCUGUCAACGUUGGCUGAACGAUGCUUUAGAGGGCAACACCGGCAGUCCGCACAUUUUUCUCGUUGGCACCAAAAAGGACCUUUGCUCACUUGACAGUUUCCGCCGAAUUGAGGAAAAAGCAGUAGCCGCUGCCAAAGAAUUCAAUGCCGAAUUCUGGCCGGUUAGUUCCAAAAGCGGCGAGAACGUCCAGGCUCUGUUUUUCCGAAUCGCGUGCAUGGCUUUUGACGCUAUGGUCUUACGAGAAAUCGCUGCCGGGAAAACGGCGAUUACACCCAAAGAUAUCGCACCGAGUAUCAAAUUGACUGCCCGGCGCCUGACGCCAAGAGAAUAUGCCAGAAGGAUUCUCAAGCGGACUAAGUGCUCGAAAUCCUAACAAUCAUCAAUCCAUACCAACUACGUGGUAUAAUAUAACAUAUGUAAUGCCUAUGCUAAAGCAUAUCGUCCAUCAGGAACAACGACAAGCCUCCGAAUGCUAAGUGCUUCUACGGAGUAAAUUGUAAAUACCAACUCUUUGUCUUGUCAAUAAUACGUGGAAAUAAUUUUAGCGUCCCUCAUACAGACGCACGACCCACAGAUUUUGUGGUUUCGACCCACAGAUUUCAUAUACACUGUAGCUUAAGUUUUUUACAAAAUGGGAACCCAGCCGCAUGAAUUUUGCGGGUCAGCUGCUAUCAGUGCUUUGUACUGCUGUUUGUUGUCAAAAUUAAAAUUAGACUAUUUUUGCUAAUGGUUCAUGAUAUCAAAAACUAAGCAAAGCGCACUAAACAGUGUUGAGGCUUGCAAUAAUAUUU